AUGACGAUCUCACCUGCACUUAAGAGCCAAGAGACUUCGAAGGAAGCCCGAGCUCUCUGGGCGCGCAUCUUGGCAGAAUCCACCCCCACCAAUUUGCGGGAAGUGGUUUCUCAGAAUCUGCACUUAGCUGCCUUGCAAAUCUACGACACCCAUGGGAAGGAUCAGGCGGAUGGCCGCAAGGCAGUCGCAAUACAUGAGGUGGUUGUGCGUGGGGAGAUGACCGAUGGGGAAGGGAAGUUGUCACGCACUUGGUUGACGUUGCUGGUCGAAUUAUGCUCAAACUUGGCAGGGCAUGCACUCGACCUGCCAACAGAGGGUUCUAUACCGAGUAAAACGGUCGCGCUCAAUCUUGACGUACACUCCUCCCCAUCAACAGAAUCGUCACUCAGGAUCGUUUCGUCCACAAUUUCAAGUGACAAGCGCAUGCAGAGUGUCCUCUGUGAGGUGUGGGAGAUUCUCCCCAAGGGACAGACGAAGGUUGCUGAGGCACGGGUCACACAAUUGCAGAUGCCAUGGCUGGCGAAGGCAGAUGAUCGACGCGGGUGGACAGAGGAUAUGCUCGUAGAUCGGGGAAAGGUUAUGGUUGGCAAGUUGUAA